AAAUAUUUAUUAAAGGUGUUAUCUUAGUUUUAGUGCUACCGAUUAUUACCGUAACCAGUGUUAAAAUGGGGUUUUUAACCAUUCUCAAAAAAAUGAAGCAAAAAGAAAAGGAAAUGAGGAUUCUACUGCUGGGCCUCGAUAAUGCCGGCAAAACAACUAUACUAAAACGCUUCAACGGUGAGCCAAUCGAUCAGAUCUCACCAACGUUGGGUUUCAACAUCAAAACGCUGGAAUACAACAACUACACUCUCAAUAUGUGGGACGUUGGCGGACAAAAAUCGCUGCGAUCCUACUGGAGGAAUUAUUUCGAGUGCACGGACGGUCUGGUGUGGGUGGUUGACAGUACCGACCGAAUGCGGAUGGAGUCCUGCCGCGAGGAGCUAUCAUUGCUGCUUCAGGAAGAACGGUUGGCUGGUGCUACGCUACUCGUACUAGCCAACAAACAGGACCUUCCCGGGGCCCUAACCAGCAAUGAAAUCAAAGAUGUGCUUGGAUUGGAGAAAAUCGAGACCCAUCACUGGGCUAUUCAUGGUGUUAGUGCUGUGACCGGAGAAAAGCUAGUAGAAGCCAUCGAAUGGCUGGUGGAUGAUAUUUCACGAAGAAUAUUUACACUGGAUUAGUUGGUAAGUCAUUUAAAAAAAUA